AUGCUGCAGGGAGGUGAUUUCACGAAAGGUGACGGAACUGGCGGAAAGUCCAUAUAUGGACCGAAGUUCGAGGAUGAAAACUUCAAGUUAAAACACGUCAUGCCUGGUACGGUGUCCAUGGCUAACUGCGGUCCGAACACGAAUGGCUCACAAUUUUUCAUUUGCACCGAGAAAACGGAUUGGUUGGAUGGAAAACAUGUGGUUUUUGGCCAUGUAGUUGAAGGAAUGAACGUGGUUCGACAAGUAGAACAGCAGGGUACGCCAUCAGGUAAACCACAGAUGGUAGUGAAAAUAGUAGAAUGCGGUGAGCUAGAGCCUGCGCCAGUCGCUGCUGUUGAUAACGAUGCUGAUAAUGAUAUCGGAAGCGUGGACCCGAGUCACAUGGAAGUUGAUAACCCGCCAGAGGAGGUUGCUGCGUAG